GCUCUCUACGAACCCUGUGGUCCAUAGAUUGAGUCAGUCUUAAGUUGAGUCAGUUAGGGGGAGAGUCUAAGUGGUGAGGAGUGGAACCAUCCUGUGGUUGUGCGUCUAUCACCAUGGUUGACACGCGUACCAGAAUGAGCACCUCCCCUUACACACCAGAGCAAGAGGCGAAGGCCGCUGCCAUCCUGAAAGAGAGAAGAGAGAAGGAGGCCAAGAAGAAGGCCCUGCUAGAGGAACAGGCGACCAAACUAAAGAAGAUUGAGGAGGAGAUGGCCAGAGAGAAGGAGAGGUUAAAGAAAGAAGAAGAAGAGAAGCUUAAGGCGGUGGAAGAGGAGGAAGAGGUAGAAGAAGAGCCAUUGGAAAGGAGAAGAAGGGAGCAAAGAGGGGAAUCCAGUGGAACAAAGGAUGAUCAGUUGGAGAAAAAGAUUACAGAGUGGGUGGCUAAUCUAUCCCUGGGCGAAGAGGAAGAAGCGUUGAUGUAUGUGCCCAGGGAAGAACAGGAGGCGACGAUGAAAGAAUGGGAUGUCGAAGAAGACCCACUCACGCGGCAGGCAUUGGAGGAUGAGACGAGGAUGGAGUGGAAGCUAAGGCUCAUGAGGGAGAGAAAAAGGAGAAUGGAAGCGGUGAGUCAGGAGGCAAAGGAAUUGUAAGAAGUAAAGAAGCAGAGAGACC